AUGAAUUGGCGCUUUGUAUUUCUCCGUCUGGCUGGAAAACUUGCACCAUCAACAACUUUGUUUGAAGUACAAGAGGAGUCAAGAAGAUUCUACCGCGCUAUAACUCACUUUGAAGAUCUCGGUCGUAGGAAAAGAGAAGUAAUUGUUAGGGAGUAUCUAAAGGUGGUAUUUGUACGACAUCCGUUAGUUCGACUUUUAUCAGCGUACAGAAUGCUGGCAGAGGGAAAUACAGUUUUGGCCAAUCUUUUCAAAAUGCUUAAAACACAAAAUGGUGGUACCGUUUCCUUACAGAGUUUUGUUGGGUUUAUCAUAAAGAGCUAUGACCCAAAUAAAGGGGUCAUUACUAGAGAGAAAAGAUUGGGAGACGACCACUGGGCUGAAUAUUUCCAGCUUUGCGACCCUUGUUCUGUUCAAUAUGAUAUCAUUGGCCAUAUAGAAGACGAAGAAGACGCCUCAAAUUUCUUGAAAUUAAUCGGUGGAAACUUCACAUUUCCAUCUCUGGAAUCCGUGAACGAUACUGCUGAACGUCACAGGGUUCACGGCGACACCGCACAAAAAAUGAAAGAGAGCUACGCUGAGGUGAAGGAAGCAGAUCUACGCAGGUUGCUGGAGGUUUUCAGAACGGAUGCACAGCUGUUCGGAUACGAUCUGACAAAAAUGGAUUGA